UCGUCCAUGAGACAGUCUAACGUUCUUCUUCUUCUCCGAUUGGUUUGCUCUUAUUGUUUACGGAAGUCUUGAAGAUUUGUUUGAUUGUUUGAAGGAAGCAGUGGGUAGUGGAGUGAAUGGACUUGUCUGGACUCUUAUUAAUGCUAACAUGGAGACAGAAGACAUUGUUUCUUGUUCUAAUACAGAUUUGUUGAAAUCUUGCGGGACAUUUCGUGUCCUUGUCGGCGUAACCGGAAGCGUGGCAGCCUUGAAAUUACCUCUUUUGGUCACUCAGCUUCUUCAGCUUCCUGGGGUGGAUGUACGAGUGGUCACUACAGAGCAUGCCAAGCACUUCUACAAUCCUGCAGAGGUUUCAGUAAAGAUCUACAGUGACAAGGAUGAGUGGGAGCUGUGGACGCAGAGGUCUGACCCCGUGCUACACAUUGAACUAAGACGCUGGGCAGACUUACUCGUCAUUGCCCCUCUGGACGCCAACACUCUUGGAAAGAUUACUAAUGGCAUUUGUGAUAAUUUGCUUACAUGUGUGGUAAGAGCCUGGGAUAUCAGUCGACCUCUCCUCUUCUGCCCAGCAAUGAAUACAGCCAUGUGGCAGCAUCCCAUUACAGCCCAGCAGGUAUCCAGGCUGAAAGAGUAUGGAUAUGUGGAAAUCCCCUGCAUAUCUAAGAAGCUAGUGUGUGGAGAUGAAGGUAAAGGUGCCAUGGCAGAAGUAUCAUCCAUUGUCAGCAUUGUCAAACAGUAUCUUCUUAAAACAGAUGAGUCACCUCAGUAACCAUGAACGUCAACUGGCAACUGGCUUGUUUUUAAAAGGCUGUUGUACUUGAUUAAUUCUCAUGUUGGGAUUGUGUUGGGUGUAUACAGAUUGUCAUUAAUUGGCCUCUCUUUUGUGGGUUUCGUUGCACGUAUCAAGGCAGGACAGCACGCACCUUUACCCCUUUGUAUUUGGUAUUUUAUGACCUCAUGGAAUUUCCACGUAUGGUGUGGAAGUACACCCUCUUUAGCCUCAUGAGACACUGUUUAGUGCUCAAAGUCUGAUGGGAGCUGCUUUUAUAUGUGUCACCUUGCCAUACGUCUUGCUAAAGCCAGAGUGUCAAUUCAAAGAAUUCUGAUUAGUCACCCCAAACACCACCUCUACCAAAGUUCACAAACGGGAUCCCACAGUUUGAAACGAAAGUUGAUCUAGAAAUUGCUUCUUUUUUUUGCGUCCUUCGUGACUUUGUGUGCACAAACAGAUUUUGCUCAUCUGAAUAUAUAUACAGUAUAUAUAUAUGUAUGUAUGUGUGUGUAUAUAUGUAUAUACAGUAUAUACAUAUACAUAUGUGUAUAUAUACUUUGAUAUUUUAUCUAUGACUGUAGCUGAACAAACAAUACUGUUACAGUUAUGAUAUUGUUAUGAUAUUGUCACGCCUAGUGGAAAAAUGUGAGUGUAAUCCCAGAGUUGUGAACACUGCCAAAUUUGGAUCAAAAGACUGCUAUCAAAGUUUCAACCAUGUUUUGUUUUUAUUUUUUUUGCCUGUAAUUGUUUGUUUUCUUGCCACCAAAAUUCAGGUAGAACACUUUUUUGGAUUUCAUCUUGCCAAAUGCCACAUCAGCAUUAUCGGUCAUACUUCAUGACAUUUCGGCGUCCUGUAACAACAGAAAGCAAAGUUAAAUUAGUAGUUGCUCACUAUGCAAUUAACCAACGUCUGCUUAUUAAGUCAUCAUUUUUCUUUCUCAUUAGAGUCGGUAGUUAGCUGUCAUGUCGUCUGUGGGGUUAAUUAUGAGACAGUGUCACUGUGGCGUGACAGUUUGGCAAACAGUUGUUACUGCGGUGAAACUCGUUCGUUAAGAAACGGUUGUUUCUGAGUCAGUGAACAUUUUUGCUACUAGUGGCAUUUAAACAAACAUACUGUCACAUAUAUUUAUAUAUUUAAAAACAGAGAAUAAGUAGAUUUUUUUCCUUUUUUUCCCUUUUUGCCAUGACUGAGGUGAAAGGUGAAAUGUGACGAAACCCAUGAUUCACAUUAAGGUUAUAGAUGUUUAUCUUUGUGAAAACCCUCAGUCUCAUAUGAGAGACAUACUCUGGAUUGUGUCAAGAGAAUGUUGAACCUAACCAGUAAAUGAUGUGUUUAUACUUUGUUACUGAGAGAGAGAAAAAAAGGAGCAUCAUAUUGAAGGUAUGUUGGACAAGUAGCAUAAACGCUGUACUCUAAGAGCUCAACUUGUUAGUUGACCAAAUAAAGUUGACAAGUUUGCAAAUCUUGA